GAUGCUGAGAUAGACGACAGACCAGACACUGAUCUCCAUUGCAGAGGAAACGUAGACGAGAGAAAUAAAGGAAGAGCACAGGGCGUCAAUACAUGCAGACCGGCAGGAGAGUUCGAUGAAUCUAGCGUGCUCAGUGUGCGGCUACCUCUACGAGUAUCAGGCCCAAACGGGAAGCUUGAGCACUGGGCAUCCAACGCCACAACGCCAGCUGCAAGUGCAGGACGCAAGACGCAAGACCAACUCUCUAGGAUCCAUCCAUACGGAUACAUGGCAUUCUCAGCAAAGUCGCACAGCCAAUCUGGUUAUCUCGUUCUCAUUCCCAUUGGCAGAUGGAUAUCUGCCCGACGUCCCUUCCAACCCUCGAGUUGCAGCGCCAUCUCCUCGUCCGUCCCUGCCAUUUCCACUUGUACGUAUUCACAGAGGAUGGGAGACCAUAGUGCCACAUUAUCUGAGGCAAGGUGUGAUCGAGGAAGACGCUGCAAGAUGAGAAAGAGAAUGACAAGGCGCACACCACCAUUUCUCAGCUCACCCCUCAGGUUGGCUCUGGCUCCCAUCCACGCACAGCAAGCGAGCGCGUCUCGGAGAAUGGGACGGCCUGAUGGCGAACAAGCUUCAGACCGAUCCUCAUCGUAUUCGUCCAGUCCCAAGAUUGAGUGA